CAACGGCUGCUGAUAAAUUUAAAAACGUGUCUGAUUUCAGAACUCCACGUGUCAAGUACAGGACAAACGACUGAUAGACAUGGGCGUAUAUUGUCUAUAUCAAGAUGUUAUAUACCACAAUGACUAUCUAAAUUCAUAUGCUGAACCUGUGUUGCGCAAAGGUAGUGAGGUGUAUAAUCUCAAUGCCAGCGAUCAUGUAAAGAUAUCAUGUGCAACAAGAGAUAGUGUAUACAAUGGCGAAAUGAACAAACUGAAUCCAUCAUGGACAAGUAUAGGAGCUGGUUUCCGUUCGAGUGUGCCACUAACUAAAUCUCGACCGGAUAAAAAAGACGGUAUAAGCAUCAUCAUUGUUGGUUUCGACUCCGUAUCCAAGAACAUGUUUAUUAGAAAAGUACCUAAAAGCUACGAUUACUUGACACGCGAUUUGAACGCUAUUGUCUUGAACGGAUAUAACAUAGUAGGUGAUGGAUCGAUUGAAGCUCUAUUCCCAUUGCUCUCGGGAAAGACAAUUUUAGAACUACCUGAAGCAACGAGUUUUGUCCAUAACAGUGAACAUCUCAAAGUUGAAUACUUUAUAUUCCACCUUGUAAAGCAAUAUGGAUACCGUACUCUAUAUUUCGAAGACUCACCAAAAGUAAAUACAUUCCUUUAUUUAGUGAAAGGGUUCAUGACAAGACCUGCGGAUCAUUACUUGAGACCGUUCUGUGUUGAGAAUUCAGCCAUAGACAAUCGAGAUUAUUGCGUUGGAGAUACUCCACAAUACAAGAUGAUGCUUAACCUUACACACCAGUUUCUAAAGCUGGACGGCAAGAAAUUCGGCUUAAAUUUCAUGGUAGACAUAUCUCACUCAGAUUUUAACUUGAUCUCUGUGGUAGAUGAUGAUUUACUCCACUUUUUACGCGUCUUCAAGGAAGAAGGUCAUACGAAAGACAAAUUACUUAUUCUUAUGUCAGACCAUGGACCAAGGUUUCUUGAAAUGCGCGGCACUUAUCAAGGCAGGCUCGAAGAACGUUUACCUCUAAUGGCUAUAGUACUGCCAGAACAGCUCAAAAAGAAACGACCGGAGGUGCAAUCAAUAUUGAAAGCAAAUGCUGACGUUCUGACGACACCAUUUGAUUUAUAUGCCACGAUGUUAGACGCAAUGGAUUUGACUCAGCAUUGGAACAAGUACACAGUAAAAGGUGCGGACGUUCCCCGAUCUGUGUCGAUAUUCAGACCUAUACCACGCAACAGGACCUGCAGUGAAGCUGGUAUAGAAUCACACUUUUGUUCGUGUUUCAAGUGGGACAUUGUGUCAAAGAGCAAUCCUAUAUAUCACCGUGUUGCGAAUGCUUUGGUCCAUCAUAUUAACAAAUUGACUUCGGAAUUUAGAUACCUCUGCGCUGUAAGGAGUCUGACUUCAAUUGAAUGGGUGUACAAGCACAUUGUUAAUAAAGGUUUGUUAUCCAUGCAAACAUCGAAUAGACACUUCCCGGACUUUUAUAAUCCACCAGAAGUUAAUUGGGAACUUUAUCAAGUUCGGAUCGAAGUGGCACCCGCAAAAGGUUUAUACGAGGGCACAGUGAAAUAUUUAAAAAACUUAGAUACAUUCGUCGUCAACAGUAAAGAAAUAUCAAGAACUAACGCUUACGCCCAUGAACCUGACUGUAUAAAAGAUGAGUAUCCAGAUCUCAAGAAAUAUUGUUACUGUUAUCAGUAAUAAUUUGCAAAAAAGAAAAAGAACCAUAUCGAUUGAAGGACAGCCGACUAAUACUAUUCGGAAAUAGUGGAUUAAGAAACCUUCUCCCGCUACGCUUCGAAUAUUCCUAUUAUUGCAUUUAGUACUGUCAUACAGUUUUGUUGACAGAAUUACUGGUGCUGUUUUAAUUCCCAUUUAUUCUGUUAAUAGGCAAGCAAGGCAGUAGUUUUCUUCACAGAACUACUGAGG